CAAGCCGGUCGGUGUUUCUCGAACAAUAACCGCGAAUGGCUUCGGCUCCGUGGAAGAGGGCGCUUCUGCGCGUUCGCUUGGCCAGGUUGUCCCCUUGCCUCGGCCUCUCGAGGCGGUUGUCGGGGGAGGCGCCGCGGAGGUUCGCGGCGCUCUGGGGAAACGGGGAUUUCGGGAGACUAGGGCUGGGCGGAUUGGGGUCUCGCUUCAAACCCACGGUCUGCCCCUUCUUCGACAGUGAUCCCCCGGUCUCGAUCGCGUGUGGUGGCGCGCACACACUUUUUCUGACUGAAAGUGGUCGAGUUUAUGCAUCUGGACUGAACAACUUUGGACAGUUAGGCAGAUCAUCGACAACAAAUUAUGUAUCAGAGCCAAUUCAAGUUGCUGGAUUACCUGAGCAUAUCAAACAAAUUUCAGCAGGCUACAAUCAUUCAGCCAUUGUCACCGCUGAUGGAGAACUAUUAGCAUGGGGUGACAACUCAAGUGGGCAGCUUGGUCUUGGAAAAAGUGCAAAGAGGAUGGUAUGUUCCCCUACAAGAGUUGAUUGCUUGGCAGGAAUCUACAUUAAGAUGGUUGCCUUAGGUUCAGAGCACUCGGUUUCUCUUACAGAUGUUGGUGAAGCCUUAAGCUGGGGAGCAAGUGGCUCUGGUAGACUUGGUCAUGAUUACAAAUCAGGCAUAUUUGGCUUCUCUAUUAGCUCAAGUGAACAUACUCCGAGGUUAAUAAAAAAAUUGGAAGGCAUCAAGAUCAAGUCAAUUGCUGCAGGAAUGUUGCACUCAGCCUGCAUUGAUGAACAAGGCACUGUGUUUGUAUUUGGCGCAAGGACCACAAAUAAGCUGGGUUUUGGAGCAGGAAAGAAUUUGCGGACACCCACAGUAGUUCAGGAACUCCCAAUUUCCGAAGAAGUUGCUUGUGGUGGCUACCAUACAUGUGUUCUAACAAAUGGAGGAGAGUUGUAUACUUGGGGUUCAAAUGAGAAUGGCUGCCUUGGCCUUGGAUGCACUGAGAUGAUCCGAACUCCAGAAAAUGUCAAAAGCCCUUCACUGAAGUCUCCCAUAUCAAAGGUUGCUUGCGGUUGGAAACAUACAGCUGUGGUUUCUGAUGGCAAAAUCUUUACCUGGGGCUGGGGAGGCGCUAACGGAACAUUUUUUGAAGAAGGUCACUCUUCCGCUGGACAACUUGGCCAUGGUGAUGAUUUGGAUUGCAUUGUACCCAAGAUGGUGAACUUUGGUUCUCAAGUGAAGGCUUUGGAUGUAUCCUGCGGCUUCAACCAUACCGGUGCCAUAUUAGAGCAUACAUGUUGAUUUUAAUAAAAUAAUAAUCAUAAUAAUCAUAAUAUCCACCUCCAUUCCAAGGUGUUUGUAUGCAUUUGUCAAUGUGAGUACAUAAAAAUAACAAACAAAAAUAAGUCAUUUUGGAUAUUCCUUUUUCA